GUCCGGGAGCCGCAGAACGAGUGGCCAGAAACACUGCACCUCAUAUCGCGGAAAGAAUGCUGUGCCAUUGAUCAUCCCAACAGGUUGCACCACAGCUUGGCAUGGAAACUGCAUCACCCUCUAUCACAAGGCUCUUUGGAGGGUGGUGUAAACAACCGGUUUCAUCACCAGGGCCAAAUUCCCUGUUAAACAAGUUGUGUACACAAGACUGAAAGAGGGCGUCCCUAACAUGAGUCACUAACCCCAGAUUCAUUAUCUAAUAGACAGACACAUCUGUCUCCCUAUUUGCACUAAUUCCAACUCGCGUUGGUUUCUGUUUAUGACGGGGUAUUUGAAUUCACCACAGGCAAAGGGGUCCCAUACCAAAAACUAUUGAGAACCAUAUUGAGUUACACAUACUGACAAUUAAUAGUUAUUUAUGUCAGUCAAGAAUCCAUGUGACAACCUUUUUUCUGUAAAAUAAAUAUCGUAAUUGUUAAUUUACAGCUUUUUAUUCCAUAUUUGGGACGAAAUAGUGACACAAGUGGACUAGUGUUGAUGCUGUCAGACUACGGUGUCUCGUGUCGGUCAAUUUCUGAUUAUUAGGCGUUUUCAAAAUUCGUUCUUUUUCUCAAUGACGAUGGGUGAUAUGAUAUAUGAAGAACUGGAGGAUUUGAUGCAUUUUUCAGUCCACGAUUUACCAGGUCGUGGAUAUGCUGUUAUGGAGGAGAUCAGAAGGCAAGGGAAACUCUGUGAUGUCACCCUAAAGGUUGGAGACCACAAGUUUAGUGCCCACAGGAUUGUUCUGGCUGCCUCCAUUCCUUACUUCCAUGCCAUGUUUAUGAAUGACAUGGUUGAGUGCAAACAAGAUGAGAUUGUGAUGCAGGGGAUGGACCCUAGCGCACUUGAAGCUUUGAUAAACUUUGCGUAUAAUGGCCAUGUGGCCAUCGACCAGCAGAACGUCCAGUCCCUGCUGAUUGGAGCCAGCUUUCUGCAACUGCAGAAUGUCAAGGAUGCCUGCUGCUCCUUCCUCCAGGAAAGGUGUGUUCUCACACGUUACAUACUUCACCCGAAGAACUGUUUGGGAGUCCGACAGUUUGCAGAAACCAUGAUGUGCACCACACUGUAUGACGCAGCCAACAGUUUUGUCCACCAGCACUUUGUAGAGGUCUCUUUGUCUGAAGAGUUCCUCGGCCUCCGGGCAGAGGAGUUACUGGAGCUGGUGGGCUGUGACGAACUAAACAUCAAAGCGGAGGAGCAGGUGUUUGAAGCAGUUCUUGCGUGGGUGCGGCAUGAACGAGAGGAGCGGGAACCUCGACUCCCCGAGCUACUCUCCAAAACCCGUCUGCCCCUUUGUCGACCUCAGUUUCUGGCGGACUGUGUUCAGCAAGACGAACUGGUGCGCUGUUGCCACAAAUGCAGGGAUCUCGUUGACGAAGCAAAGGAUUUUCACCUCAUGCCGCAUCGUCGUCCUCACCUGCCCGCUUAUAAGACUCGACAGAGAUGCUGUACGUCAAUCACAGGGCUGAUAUAUGCGGUCGGUGGGCUGAAUAGUGCAGGUGACUCGCUGAAUGUAGUUGAAGUAUUUGACCCAAUUGGAAAUUUCUGGGAACGCUGUCAGCCAAUGAGUACAGCCCGAAGUCGAGUAGGAGUUGCAGUUGUCAACGGGUUACUUUACGCCAUCGGUGGAUAUGAUGGACAAUCAAGGCUAAGCACAGUGGAGGUCUAUAACCCAGUAACGGAUACGUGGACACGUGUUGCUAGCAUGAACAGUCAACGGAGCGCGAUGGGGACUGUGGUGGUCGACGGCCACAUCUAUGUCUGUGGAGGCUAUGAUGGCAAAUCCUCCCUUAACUCCGUCGAGUGCUACUCUCCGGAAGCCAACAGGUGGACAGUAGUGACAGAGAUGAGUGCUAGUCGCAGUGCAGCUGGGGUCACAGUUUUUGAUGGACGGAUUUUUGUGUCUGGCGGUCAUGACGGUUUACAGAUCUUCAAUACGGUGGAGUACUACAACCAGCACACAGGUCUUUGGCACCCCGUCGCUGGCAUGAUGAACAAGCGCUGUCGCCACAGCGCUGCGGCCCUCGGCAGCCAGCUCUACGUGGCGGGAGGUUACGACGGCUCCGGGUUCCUCAGUGGGGCCGAGGUGUACAGUUCAGUGGCAGACCAGUGGAGCCGCCUGGUUGCCAUGAACACACGGCGCAGCCGAGUCUCGUUGGUGGCGAACUGUGGCAGGCUUUAUGCCGUAGGUGGCUACGACGGACAGUCCAACCUGAGCUCUGUGGAGAUGUAUGACCCGGAGACCGACCACUGGAGAUUCAUGGCACCGAUGGUUUGUCACGAGGGCGGGGUGGGGAUCGGCUGUAUACCACUUCAGCCAGCGUGACACCCGCCUUCCCCAAAUUCCCAAAGACAUUUAGAUUUGUUAAAUGGAUUUGAGUGGGUAAAAGAACUUCCCAAAUGUCUUUUUUUUUUUUUUUUACCAGGAAAGAGUUAUAAUUCUGUAUAUUUCUGUAUAUCAGGUGCCACAGUUGAAACUUUUAGAUUUUCCUGAGAGGCAGACUUUGGGCAAAAAUGCAAACAAUAGCCUCUUUAAAUGGUAUAACUGAUCAAUGAACCAUGAUAACAUGUCAGUGGUUAAAAACAAAAUAUCAAUAAGAUCUUCGGUGCAGUUUCUUGUCGAGUCCCAAAAAAAUUAUCAUGUCUAAAUUACAUAUAAAUACUGGCCAGAAUAGUCAUCAUUAUCCGAAAUCAGGAUACUUGGUCAGUAUCAGGCCAGUGUGACUAAUUUAUCAACAUUUCCAAUAAACUAGGCUUUGUGUAAAUUAGUUUGACAGAUUUAUAUGCCCCAAGUUGGCAUUUAAGUCUGGUUUAGGUCUGGUUUAGCCAAUAGUAAUAACAUACCAAGGUUUAUAAUGGCAAUGUUCAAGAGACAUUAAUAAAUUAAUAAAUACAUUUUGGGAUGCAAUUUCAUAGAGCUGUUAAAAGAAUUGCUGCGGCCGGACCUAUUUUAAUCUCCAGCAGAUGACAGUCUGCUAUUCAAAAUCAGAGGAAACCACAUUUGUAUCUGCCAUCGUACUGAUAUUUGACUUGUCAUUUUUUCCCAGACCUUCCUGUCUUAUCAUGGUUUCGUAAUAUGGUACAGGUUUCAACAUUUAGGUGAAUUAUUGUGUGUUUUGGGAAAUGUAUUAUUUUAAUAGGGAGAAUUUGCUUAAUGAGUAUUAUUGUAGUAAUAAUUGUCCAUAUGUAACUCACCACGAUGAAUGCUUGAGCACAGGUUGUCGGGACUAUUUGCCCAAGAAGGAUCUCAACAAAAUGCGGUAAAGGAACUGUUUCUGGUCUUCUGGUUAUUUUCAUUAUAAUAUGCAGCAAAAAGAACAACACUUUGUUGUUUUAGUAACUUGACAACCCCCCAAUGUUAUUUUUUUUAACAAAAUUAAAUUCCCUCCUUUAAUAGGAAUUAGUAUGGGAGAUUUAUGGGAGAAUGUUGACUGACUUGCUAAAAUCAGACUAGAGCCAGGGUGAUUUUAAGUGAGGUAGUCUGAGUACCAGUACUCAAAAUCACUCUGGACUUCUGUUAUUUACACAAAAUAUUGCCUGAAUAUUAGUCUCUAGCUGACAUUUCACUUGUUGGCAAGCAAAGGAGACUGGAACUCAUGCAAUUAGUGAGGAUGUAGCUGCUUUAUUACCAAAAAUAUUGAAUGACAAAAGCGGACUGUGUGCAGCCUAUUUAGGGAGCAGUAGCGUUGUAUGGGAGCUUUGCCAGUCCCAACAAAAUUGGCAAACAAUUUUAAGAAUGUGGUAUUGUGUAAUGUAACUUAAAAUUAAUUGUACAGUGAGAUGUAGUGGCUAUUGCUUUAGACUUGUUUGUCAGACUUUAUCUGCUGCAUUUUGUCACGAUUGACAAAUUUUACUUGGGAGUAAUUACUGUGAACUUUUGAAAUGUUGAUGUUUUGCAAUUGCUUUUUACUGCAGAUGUUAUGGUAAUAUAUUACGUACAUAUUUUGCAUAACUUCAUUAUGUUUGCAGUAUUUUGUACUGCUCAGACUUUUGGUCCCAGACUACAAGUCUUAUUUAUUGAUGUGUUUUCUGUAACAAUGUACUUGGAGCAUUUUUUUAAAUUCUUAACUGUACUGUUUGUAUAUAAAUAUUGUAAGUUUGAAGGGUAGUACACAUUUUUUGACGCUAGGAGUUAAUGUUUCUUUCAAACUGUUUUAAAAAUGGGUUAGCGGUUUAUUUGGUACCAUUUCAGGAUUAUCUGUCUUGCUUUUGGGGAGAAUAUAGGACUGCAUCCAUUGGUGGUGCAUUCAAAAUGAUUACAAUGGUUGCAAAUUAGGUUGUAAUCAUCAUGCCCCUCCCCCCCACUCUCUUUCCAAUGCUUUUUAAUGCACCACUAAUGGAUUCAGUCUGCUUUCAUUAAGAACAUUUGUAUAAACAGUUUUAAGGAAAUACUUCCAAGACCAGUUAAAAAAAAAAAAACAGGGAGUAUCUACUCCGUCACCGCAUCUUUUACUUGUUAUUCUCUGUGUCUGUGAAUCUGGAAAAUAUUGAAGUAUCUUGUGGGUACUGGGACUAUGUUUCUCAUAUAACAUUUACCAGUUUAACUGCAUUUUUAAAUUGGCCAAACAGAAGAAAUUAGCAAUGACAUUUAGCUCCAAACUAAAUAACCAAAUAAACAAUUCAGUGUAUGUAAAAACAAAAAAAAA